UCAUCUAUCUCUGAUCAUGAGAAUCUGCACGCUGCCGGCCCCCCAUAGCCGACCAUAACCUCCAAUUCCGUGAAUUGAAUGCAGAUAUAAAAUUACAUAAACAAAACUCCAUUCAGACUAUUGUCAAAUUUGUUCCAUCAACCAACCUAAUAACAUAACCUUUGAACAAUGUUUGGAUUAUCAUUGAGGCGUCAGACGUUCAACCUUUCUCAAAUAAUUAGAAGAUACCACAAUGAAUCCCCGAGCGAUCGUGAACGCUGGGCAGACAUGGAUGACGACGAGAAGGCAAAAGUUAUGAAAGUUAAGAAAUUGAAGGCUUGGAAACCACCCAUGAUCUCAGAGCACCACGCUGUGCAACUCGUCACUGUUGAUAUCGGCAAACUGGGUGUCUUUCAACAUAAGGUCAGCUUAAAGUGGACGGACUGGAUCGCUUGGUGGAGGAAGAAGCAAUUAGAGUACCUAAGGUGGAGUCAGAGGUACAUUGCAGAGCGUCAUGAAAUCUUGGGAAAUGACUUGGCUCUUGCUCACUUCCUCCUCCACAGAAAUGGAAAAAUCCGGAGAAAGGGUUCCAAGGAGUACAUGCUACCUGACAUGGCAGUGGACCUGCCGUGUAAGUUCGAUCCCACCUGGUUCCUCGAGGAAAUUGAUGCCAGUGGAACGGAAGUAUGUUACGAAGGUCUUGACAACUUUGCUAAUAUCCCAAGACUGAAAAUAGCGGCUUUUAGAAACUGUCGAUACUUCGAUGAGUGGUGUUUGGAGAAGUUCGUCGCUCUCUGCCCAAAUCUUGAGAUUCUUGACAUCUCUGAGAACGAGCAGAUCACUGAAAGGGGAUUAGAGGGACUUUACAGAGCAUGGAAUCUCAAAAAACUUAUUGUCACGAAUUGGGGACAUGGAGCAGCAUUCGAAUUGACUUGUCUACUCUUGCAAGAAGCUCUACCUCAAUUAAACUUGGAAAUUAAGAUACCCAAUAGUGCGGAUGAAUCAACUGUCAACGCAAGUUGAUGUGCUACUCCAAAAAAGGAGAGUAAGUGGUGGGUGUAAGCAUAACUGCUAUUAUUUUUUGGCUCUGCGAUGACUUGUUCAAUUUAGAAAAAUUCAGUCAGUAUAGUAGUGCCCAAUGGACCCUGACAGACACUCAGUGAUUGAUAUAUUUAAAUGUUGUGUAGCCUCUUGCUUCGUGUAAAUAUGGUAUUAAAUGUUGAAUAAGAUUCCGAAGAUCGUGAAUAAACUUAUAUCGAAUUUAUUA